AGUCUCUGAGCGUAACUCCUUGUCUCGUCGGAGGAAGUUUGACAGCAUCGGUUUAAAAUCAGAUAUCUCUGACUUAUUGUACCGAUUUUCCUAAAACCUUGCACGUUUUUAAACGUGCGCAAUAGUUUUCUGUCCAAAUAUCACGGAUUAACAACAUCCUGUAUUCAGUAUCAAAAUGGAUGCAACUGGAGAGCCAAGUUUACCAACUGGCUCAAAUCCACUACAGAUACACAUUGAGGUCAAUGUUAAGAGUAACAGCGUUGCCAAGAAACAAGAUGUGAGGCUCCAUGUCCUUGAGAUGCUGAAUAAACACCAAGUGAUUUUUGGUGAUAUUACUUGGUCAGAAUUUGAUGACAUAUUUCUGACAAAUAACGUUAACGCUGUGGCCAUCGUUGAUACAGACCUGAGACAACCUAUUGAUCUCAAAAGCUGCAGCCUUUUAAUUCACAUCUUCACACUUAGUAAUGAUGGACCAAGCACUGAGAACCUUGAAAAUGAAGACGAAAGUUUAACAGCAGCCAAUCACUGGCUACUUCCAGCUGCUGAAUUUCAUGGCAUAUGGGAAAGUCUGAUCUAUGAGGAUAAAGUAAAGUCUCAUCUUCUGGAUUACAUGUCCACUACCAUGUUGUUCUCUGAUAAGAAUGUGGACAGCAACGUUAUAACCUGGAACAGAGUAGUAUUAUUACAUGGACCACCAGGCACUGGAAAAACAUCAUUAUGCAAAGCUCUAUCUCAAAAGCUUUCUAUUCGUUUCUCUGAGAGGUACAGAUAUGGACAGUUUGUUGAAAUAAACAGCCAUAGUUUAUUUUCCAAAUGGUUUUCUGAGAGUGGUAAACUUGUGACAAAAAUGUUUCAGAAGAUUCAAGAGUUAAUCGACGAUAAAGAUGCACUUAUUUUUGUUCUCAUUGAUGAGGUAGAAAGUCUGACUGCAGCUCGCAGUGCUUCACGCGCAGGAACAGAGCCAUCAGAUGCAAUUCGUGUAGUCAACUCUGUCUUAACACAGCUAGAUCAAAUAAAAAGGUUCCCAAAUGUUGUAAUACUAACUACAUCCAAUCUCACAGAAAAAGUUGAUUUGGCUUUUGUAGACCGAGCAGACAUAAAGCAAUACAUUGGCCCACCAUCUAUUUCAGCAAUUUUCAAAAUUUAUUUGUCCUGCCUGGAAGAAUUAAUGAAGUGCCAAAUAAUUUAUCCACGACAGCAGCUGCUUACACUAAGAGAGCUGGAGAUGUUAUGCUUUCAAGAAAAUAAAGUGUCCAAUCUCAGUAUUGUCCUGCACAAAAUUUCACAAAAAAGCAAAGGACUCAGUGGCAGGGUGCUACGGAAGCUGCCCUUUUUGGCACAUGCUCUUUAUAUUCAGUCUCCCACAGUCACGCUGGAGGUUUUUCUUGAUGCCCUGUCACUGGCUGUAGAUAAGCAGUUUGAAGAAAGGAAUAAUCUGACAAGUGAUGGAUAAGAUUUUUCCUUUACAUAGUGUAUAAAGCAAAAUAUUAAUAAACAAGACUUAAAGUAACACUUAAACUGUAUAUUACUGCACUUUUUUGUACCUUUUCAAAGUUUUUAUUCUUUUUAUUUUAGUGUUCACAAUGAUGUUCUUAAAAUGUAUAUUUUAUUGUAAAAG